AAAUCAUAUGAGCUUUGCAAUAUACUUAACAUGGACGAAACUCCCGUUUGGUUCGAUAUGGCAGAGAACUUUACAGUUGACCAACAAGGGAAAAAAACGAUUCACAUUCGUAGUACUGGCAAUGAAAAUAACAGGUUUACUGUUGUGCUAACCUGUGCUGCAGAUGGAUUCAAGUUUCCACUGAUUUGUAUAUUUAAAGAAAAACGAUUAUCAAGUAAAGAAAAAAGACUAAUUCCUUCCGGUAUAAUUGAAUGGCAUCUCUGGAUGUCUCGUGGUGGUGCCGGUACAACUGCUAAAGGAAAUCUUCGCUGUGCAAGUUUUAGUGAUGUAUGUUGGUGGGUUAAACGUUCUUGGGAAGGAAUCUCUAACGAGGUUAUUAUUGAAUCUUUUAAGGCUUGUGGCAUUACAAAUAGUUUAGUCAAUCAGGAUGAUUCUGAUAAAGAAAACGACUAUGAAGAACUAGAAAUUAUCGACUUGACAAUUUAA